AUGGCGAAGAUGGUGGGCCUGGUCGUGGGCUUAGCCAUGUUGGGCUACUGUAGUCUGGUCGCCGGCCGGGUCGGUGCGUCCGACCCGGAUUUUAUCCCGCUAUAUGUGUUCGGCGGUUCCCGUGGGGACAGCGGAAACAACAAUUACUUGGAUACGACGGUGAAGGCAGACUCGCCGCCUUACGGGAUCGAUUCUCCGACCGGCCGCCCCACCGGCCGUUUCUCCAAUUACCGCAACCUACCCGAUUUCAUCAGUACGCGUAGCACUGAAGCUGCCGCAGCCUCCAUUGCCGUACUUGAGCCCACAGCUCACCGGGGAAAGGCUGCUUUACGGUUGCAAUUUCGCUUCCGGCGGAGCGGGGAUCCUGAAUGA